GAAGAGAGAGACACACACACACACACACACUCUCACACACACAGAGUUGCCGGUGUCUUGACAGUGUGUAGCGGCAGCAGAAAACAGUGGAGGCAGACUGCUGGAGAUCCAUCAGGGGAAUAGUCAGAAACCUGCUGCUGGAGCAGAAGCAUCACACAGGCAGAGAUCACCAGACGGCUGUGUGCAUGGUCUCAUGAGUACCUUGUCUGAUACAUCAGAGAUGCAGACUCCCACUCUCGGCCCACAGUUCAUAGUGGGGCCUCAGGGUAAGGUGCCAGGCAGAAAGAGAGGGCGGCCUCCUAUCCGUAAGCUUGAGUUCCAGAGUCACUACGUUGAGCCGCUGCUGUCCCCUCUGAAAGUCCCGAAGAAGAGGGGCAGAAAACCUGGCUUUAAGCUGAAGCCCAGGAUGGUGAUGUCCCCGCUGGCUAACUCUCCUCCAAACAGCACACCAGAGACUGAGAUGUGCUCUCUCCCACAGGAUGCUGCUAUCGUCCCUCACUCUGCCACUCCACAAGUCCUGACAGAGACUCCAAUGCCUGAUGACUACUUAUGUGACCCACCAGUGGACUCGAAGCGCUACGCUGUGGAUCCCAGUGACUCUGCCUUUAACCUCAUGGCAUCCCAGUACCCACAAAAACACUCUUAUGCUUAUCGUGGCAGCAGUUGUUCUGCCCCAAUAGGUGUGUGUAGACAAGCAUCCAGCCCUGGAAGCUUCACGGAUGGGAACAGGAAUGCUUACAGUCCAAUGCCUGACAGUGGACAGUGCAAGCAUGCUGCUGGUAAGGACCCGUCCAGGUGGGGUGUCGAGGAGGUUGUUUGGUUCAUCAAAGAUGCUGACCCCCAAGCCCUGGGACCCCAUGCUGAGGCUUUCAGGAAGCAUGAGAUAGACGGUGACGCUCUGCUCUUGCUGAAAAGUGAGAUGAUGAUGAAAUAUCUUGGACUGAAGCUGGGACCUGCUCUUAAACUGUGUUACCACAUCGACAGGCUCAAACAGAAUCGGUUGUGAUUUUCUGAUCACCUUCCUCUACAAACUGCCCCAAUGCAGAUUCUACCAAACUUUCUCAACAAUCAGCAAUACUUCAUGAAUGCCUGUGGAUCCUGAAUACACACUCACCAGCUUUUACUGCAUCUGCAGUGCAUUUUUUUGUCAAUUUGGACAUGUGGACUGUACAUCCAUCUGCCAUGCUUCACUGGGUAUCUGACAGGCUUUAGUUGUAAAUAGUAGUAUUUUGUCACUUGACCUUUGUUUAUUUCAUCUCUGCAGUCUGCACACAGCUUAGUGAAUCUUACAAACAUGAAUUUGUGCAGAUCUAAAUCAUGCACAGCCUAUAGAGACCUCUGAAGAUCUAUAGGGGGCAGAAACUUACAGGUGCUUUUACUCAAUAUCAUAUUUAAGAUAUGGGUUAAUACAUAAUGCUGCUCUUGUUCUUAAAUGAUUGUUUUCUGAGUAAGUUUUCUGAUGAUUAUGUUGACACAUACAUAACUCCUAGACACAAACUCUACAAUAAUUAUUGGAAUCUUCUAACUUUGAGCUGAAGCUAAUGUGAAUGCAUCUUGAGUAAAUCCAAAUUGGGAGGGGAAAAAACUAUUUCAUUAAGUGGGAACUCCAUAAUGAGGAGUAUUUUUCUUUUGAUCCAUUCUAUUUUGUAUAAAGUCCUUAUGUCAGUAUGAUAAACUCUGGAGGAAACGACAAGUGUUUAUCCCACUCACAAACAGUGGAACAAAGGUAUUUUCUAAUGGGAAAACAUUUACAGUGAACCACUGCAAAACAACAUUUAAGCCAUAUGGUGCUACACAAAUCUGAGGUGCAUGCAGUCAAAAAGACAGGAAGGACAGGAGACACAGACAGGUACCAGGGUUUUUCACUGUGUUCUCAUUCUUUGUACAUCAUGUAAAAAUAAUUAAGUAGCAGGCCACUUUACAUGGUACAGAGUGAGACGCUUGUUUGACUUGGGGUUGCAAAGCAGUGUGAGAAAAAGCAGCAGGUCGCCAACUCAAACAACUUGGUGCUUUUUGAAACCAUUACUGCUAGUACAUUUACAUUUUACAUUCUUCACAUGCAAUAUCUCUCUACAGUCAUUUCAAAUACAAAUGCCCGAGAUGUGUUAUGUCUGCAUAAUGAUAUAUUGUGGUAUUUCAUUUUCAGACAGUAGAAAUUGACAAACUAUUAAGUAAAUUAUCUUGGGCAUUAAUAAUGUUUUUUUUUUUUGCAACUACUCAAUACAAGUAUGUCAUAAAAAAUAACAACCUGUGAACUCAUUGAUGAUCGAUCACAUGCAAUGCUUUAAAAAAAAAACUUGUAAAGUACUUAUUUAUUGCUUUGUUCUAUUUGUUUUGCUAACAUUUUGCAUAAGUAAGUGUGCCACAGACUUAUGCAAGUAAAGCUUGUAUGUGUAUGUAUGAAGUCUGUAAAGUAAAAAACUGUCUUUUUGCCCCAAUGAGCUUCGAGCCACAGCAAAAUGUAACAUUACUGUCCAAUUUAGCUUUUUCAAUCUGCUUACUUUGUGAUUUAAACUUGAAUUGAAGUGAAGCAAUUGUGUUGCACACGAGCCAUUUCUCUAAACUCAAAUUUUUUAUUACCAGUUUGAGCCAUAUUUAAUUAAUGUUGACUCCCUAUUGCCAUUGUAUUUCUUUUUUAUAUUAUUUUCAAAACGACUUUUCCAGAUGAAAUAAAACUUAUUGUUCAAAAAGUCCCCCCCCCCCUUUUUUAAAAAUGUUUUAUUAGAUAUUUAGUAGUGCUAAAACACAUUUAUUUAUUUCAACACCAGGCAAAAUGUAUUAACGUGUUAUAUGAACCAUAGGUGUGUUAUGAACUCAAAAGGGGUUACAGGACUUUAUUUUGAAGGGCGAGAUUGCCUCUGCUGUAGUAUCGCGCGAGUAGAAGGGAUUCACUUCCCGUAUGAACAUUCCAUCAGAGAUAUUCAUGCGGCUUACACAAAUGUGUGCAUCUGUCUGACAGAGGUGAACAUGGCUGAGGUUUCGGAGAGGACAUUGCAGGUCGCCGUCGUGGUUUCUUUUGCUGCCGGCUUUGUGGCAGGGUGGCAGGCGAACAGAAUGAGGAGGAAGUUUCUGGACUGGAGGAAGAAACGCCUGCAGGACAAACUGUCAGAAACUCAGAAGAAGCUAGAUCUGGCGUGAAUGGUUUGUGGGUGUCUGUCUGGUCUGCUUUGUAAAGCUGCAGGAACCUGGAUCCUGGGCACGUCACUGAACAGUGAAGAGACUCAAAGCUGCCCCACCUGACUAAUGAACUACCCACAUGAUACCACCACACCCUUUUAAAAAAAGAUUUUCAAUGGGAUCUUUGGUCAUACCUCUUGUCCUCGGAAUUUUGAGAACCAGCUUCAAUGUUGUCUUGAAUUGUGCUGUACCAGAUGUUAGCAUAUCUACGUUUCUAUCUGUGCUGUGUCUGAACAAAUAAAUUAUUUAGUUUUCAUCUUUA